GAUUGCAAUGAAAAUAAAAAAAAUUGAAAAAACAAAAUCUAUUCCCCCGACCGGCUCCAUAGUCUCGCCGGCGGCGGGACAUUGCCGAAGCAGCAAAUCCUCCUAGAUCUUGCUCGCCUGCACCCGCCGCACCUGCUCCUCUGUUCGAGCCAGGGGAGCUCACCUUCUGGUCCUUCUACAAGGUCGGAAUCGCCGAGUUCAUCGCCACUUUCCUCUUCCUCUACAUCAGUGUCCUCAUCGUCAUGGACGUCGUCAAGAGCCCUUCCAAAUGCUCCACCGUAGGCAUCCAGGGGAUCGAUUGGGCCUUCAAAGGGAUGAUCUUUGCCCUCAUUUACUGCUCCGCCGGAAUCUCAGGUGGCCACAUUAACCCGGCGGUGACGUUCGGGCUUUUUCUGGCGAGGAAGUUGUCGCUGGCCAGGGCGGUGUUCUACAUGGUGAUGCAGUGCCUCUGAGCGAUCUGCGGCGCCUGAGUUGUGACAGGGUUCGAAGGGAAGGAGUCGUUUCAGCUUCUUGGCGGCGGUGCUAACUCCGUCGCUGGUGGGUACACCAAAGGGAGAUGGCCUCGGUGCUGAAAUCAUCGGCACCUUCGUCCUUGUCUACACCGUCUUCUCUGCCACCGACGCCAAGCGUAGCGCCAGAGACUCCCACAUCCCGGU